GUUCCUAGUCGGAUUCGCUUUCGCAGCGCCACGACGGGAACUCCCCAAGGGCUGUUAUUGAGCGCCUAAAACGUGCAGGCGUUGGGACCCAAAGAGCACAGGAAAACUUUCCUCUCACUCAGAUUUCUGUCCAAAGGCGGCUGCUUCCCUGGGUGGGUCCUCAAUUUCAGGAAGCAACUCGAUCUGACCGCUACCAUGCUGACCUGGAGGGAGAUACCGGCGUAAGCCAAGACAAAGCUGAGCUGGGGUGUGACCUAUCUGGGCCUGGGGCGGGGCGAGACGGAAGUCCAGCCAACCCGAGAUGGACCCGGAGCUCGGUCCGAACUCAACUGGAGCAGGGCCUGGAAAAGCAAAGGCGGGAGGGGCAGAGGUGGAGCUAGCAUUGAACCCGCUUUGGGUUUGGUCUGCGUUAUUACGCGCCCGGCAGGGGACGGGGCCUGGACGCUCUGUAGUCGCCGCGACCGGGUGGUGCGCCGCGGGCGGGGACGGCUGCAGUGCGUCCGCCGCACCGCUAGGGGCCAGCGCCGAGAGAGGGAAGAAUCACAGCCAGAGCCAGAGCCAGCGAGAUACGGAGCCGUGCGGAGUGAGGACGCGGAGCAUCCCGGAGCCCGGCGUCAACAUACCCUGUUCACCAGGUGGAGUUGAUCCUGAGUACCAGCCCAGCCCAGCUGACUCUGGAUCCAGAGGUGACCCUGAGAUCCAACUGGCCAAGCUGACCCUGGAUCCUACACACCAGCCAGAGCUGACUCUGAGCCCCAGGCUAGAUGAGCUGACCCUGGGUUCCACAUGCCAUCCAGAGCUGACCCUGGAUCCUGCAUGCCAGCCAGAGGAGACCCCAGUCCCCAACCUGGCUGAGCUGACCCUGGAGCCUGUGCACUGCCGACCUGAGCUCCUGGAUGCCUGUGCCGACCUCAUCAACGAGCAGUGGCCCCGCAGCCGUGCCUCCCGCCUGCACUCCUUGGGCCAGUCCUCAGAUGCCUUCCCCCUCUGCUUGAUGCUGCUGAGCCCCCAUCCCAUGCCGGGGGCACCCCCCAUUGUGGUGGGCCAUGCUCGCCUCUCACGCGUGCUGGACCGGCCCCAGAGCCUCCUAGUGGAGACAGUAGUGGUGGCCCGGGCCUUGAGGGGCCGUGGCUUUGGCCGCCGCCUCAUGGAGGGCCUCGAGGCCUUUGCUCAGGCCCGGGGCUUCCACCGGUUACACCUCACCACCCAUGACCAGCUGCACUUUUAUGCCCAUCUGGGCUACCAGCUGGGUGAGCCUGUGCAGGGCCUAGUCUUCACCAGUCGGCGGCUGCCUGCCACUCUGCUCAGUGCCUUCCCUAAGGCCCCCUUUCCCCAGCCACCCAGCAAGGCUCCUAGCCUGACUGCUCAGUCUGCCCCAAGAGCCCCCAGGGGGCCAUUAGUGCCGCCCCCCCCUCCCCUGCCUGAGCCUGUGACCACCUUACCCCCACCCCCAGCAGGGCCCCUUCCACAAAGCCUGCUGAAGACACAAUACCAAGACCUGAGAGGAUGCCCCAUAUUCUGGAUGGAGAAAGACAUCUGAGGGCUACCUAGGGCAAGAUACUGACUUUCUGGGUCCUUUCACUGCCCAGGACAGUAGUAGCCUAAGCCUACUGGCCAUCCCUCAGCUCUAGCCCCUGAAGACAGCUUUAGCCUACCCAUAUUUCUUGAAUGCUAGGGGGGCCAGAGGGUGGCUCCAUGGCUGUGGCUCAGAGUGCUUAGUGUGGCUGAAUAAAGGCUUCUGUUGGGUGUGGC